AUGGCUGAUAUGGAAGUCCUUGUAGCCGUGAUUCUUCUGACUGCCUCCAGCGCGAUACAUGGUCAACUGAUGGUUCCGCAAGACGUAGCUAUCGUAGAGCAGCAUGACACGCUAAUGGGAUUAACUCAGUUUGGAGUAAAAAAUUCUGAUGCAAGCAACGGUUUAAGUUUGCCUAAGGAAAUAUUAAGAGAAAGUCUGGCGCAAACCCAAAAUGAAAAUCAGAAGAACAAAGCCUUAAAAAGUAAGUUUCCAGUUGCCCCGACAUCAGAUUUACUUGGUGUUACUGACGUUCAAAAGCCAAAGAAAGUGUCAAAGCAGGAAAAACCACCAGACCCAAGUAAAAAAGACAAAUAUGCACCCCUACCGUCAGGUGUGGAUUUUCUUAGUACUUCUAUAUCAUCUCAAGAAAUGGUGGAAAGGUUGACUAGUGCUAAGAAAGAGAAAAGUCGCGUGUCUCCAGGUCGUACCAGGGACUGGAAAAACCUGGUGAAGUCAGAUCCAAGGCAAGUUGGUGAUCGAAUUGAUAUGGUAAUCGAAAAACGUAUGAAUGGAAAUUCGCUUUCUCCUGGUGCAGUGAUAUCAAGUCCAAAUGGAAACAAGUUAUUGAAAAGUGCACCAAUGAAAAAGGCAGAUAUAUAUAUGAAUGAACCAGACCUCCCAUGGGUGCAUGCCGCAGUGGAACUGACUCCCAAACACACAUGGACGGAAAGCACAAUAAUACGAUCUAGCAUAGGACCUAUGAAGAUGGCCGAGAUAUCGACAAAUGCAGUGCAAGUGACAAAGAAAAAGAAAAAAAUCUCAGAUUUGAAUGGGACUCUAAAGACUACAGCUGCAACGUUAUUAGAUGUGAGUAGUACUCCUAGUACAACGCAUACUGUGAGCCUAAAUACAGAGCCACACGAUACGCUGAGCUUCCAUCUUCAAACAACUGAUAAGAAAGUUCAGAAUCCAGCAACACCUAGUACAGUCGGAGGAUGGACAGCAUGGGUUGAUCCUCUGAAAUCUGAUGUUUCCCCGGCUUGGUUUAAAGGACAAGAAACGAAUGUAAACGUGCCCACUGAUAGAAAUAUUGCGGAAUCAACAUCGAAUUCUUUAGACAUCACAACUAAAACACCACCAACAAAACAAAGUAAACCUACAUCAGACCCUUUUAUCAAUGACGAACCUAUGGAGCUCCCAACAGACAACGAUCUACAGAAGCCUCAUUCAAAAGGAUUCUUUGCUAGUUGGAACCCAUGGAAACUUAAGAGUGAACCUACUUCCAAUUCAGUCAGGGAAUUUACUGAAAGCAGCAAGACAGGAAAAGAAAAAAAUGCAACUGUGCCUUCCACUUCACUUCCAACGAUUUUGAAAAAUACAGAACAUUCACAUCAAGGUAUCAGUGCAGAUGAAGGUCAACAACCUGUCAAUGUUGAAUUUGUCAAUGAAACGGUCAACACUGCAGAAAGCAAGCAAACAACCAAUUUUGAAGUAUCAACAGACCAAGACAAUUCACCUGGAAAACAGAUAAUUAGUCCUGAAAUAAGCACUGAAGCAAAUAACACUGCACCUGCCGAAAAAGCAGUCAGUACUAACAUAGAAAAACAGACCGUCGAUAACGACUUUGUCGAAGAAACCGUAAAUCUAGAAAACGAAAUUCAAGCUGCAAACACGAUAUCGGUCACAUCGACGUCAUCACCGAACGUUUCUGAGUCCUCUGGAUUAUUAAACAAUACUUCAUCAGUUCAAAGUGAAACAAAAAAAUCAAUACCACAGUCGCUUUUGGGCAUUUUGAAACUGAACGAACAGAAUAAUGACUUAUCAACCAACGACACAUACGAAACUGCAAUACCAGAGCCCAUUGAUCAAACUGUGGAAGUAGAAUCGCCUCCAAAAUCAAACUUUGACCCUCUACUUCUUCCACCGACGCUAGCAUCCAGUGACGGCAACGGGUUUCAACAUGAGGAAAUCAAUCAAAGUCCCCCUUUCGGCGGUCUUCCUGAAGCUUCAUUCACAGACUUAAAGAAACCAUCUUUUGAUGAUGCACGGAAACAAGACUUCGGAAGACCUGGUUUAUCGCCAUCUAAUUCCAAGCGCCGUUUUUUUGUUUCUCCUAGUCCACAUGACCUUAUUCCUCCACAGGAACAUCUCCAUGAAGGAAUUUUACAUCCAAUUGAACCGGAUAUUCCUCAACAUCUAUUGGACAAAACGGAACAUUCUACAGACGUGAAAUCGAACUCGGAUCUUGAAGCAAAGGACGUCCUUUCUCAGAAGAGAGAACAAAAUGAUAUGACCAAUUCUAUAACUGGUCACGGGAGUAAAGUUUUUAAACAUACUUCAAUACAUGCACCAAGUACAAGCACAUUUGUGAACACCAUGCACAGAUCUCCAAAAAUGAAAUCAAGGGUAAAUGCAAACAGUAUUUUGGGAUCCAGAUCUGAAAUAACUAGCUCGACACCAGCGGAUCUCAUAGGCUCCGAACAGUUAUCAACUUCAUCUGAUCCAAAUCUAGAACGCAAAGCGCUGUUACACCAAAUUAGAGAAGCCUUAAUUAGCCUUAACGGAGGUACGACUGUAAUGAAACCGUUAAAUGAUAUUGACCCUCUAUCGCACGAACCAGGUCUUACUCAUGCGCUUAUAGGUAGUAUAAACGAUUUUUCGUCAGCAGAUCCAGACCGAAUAAGUCCUUCUCAUGUAAAAAAUGUCUUAGCCACAGCCAAAGGAGGUAGCGGAAUCAAAGACAACAAUGGCAACGUUCAUAAACAUGGAACCAAACAACAUACAUUCGAGGAAACUCUUCACAAGCAUUUGUUCCAUGAUCCUAACAAUUUGCAUAUGGAGCACAGCUCAAAUCAUAUUACAUUAGACGAAAAAGCAAUAAGACGAAAACUCCUGUCUCCUGACAUAAAUUCUCAUUCUCAUUUUGGACAUGCUGGACCUCAUGAACACCAUGAACACACACCACACAACUUUGCCAUUGGAAGUCAUAUGGGACUGGACAGUUCGCUUAGUGGGGCAGACUUGGAUUUAUCUCAAGAUCUAACGAGAAAUCCAAUGCUAAAUGUUCCUAUUGCAACUCGAAAUUUGGAAAAUCAUAUAGAAGAAUCGAACAGGGAAAGUGCAAAGCUACGUUUUUUCAAGACACCUAAAACAUCCAAAAAUGUUAAUAUCUUAACAAGAUUUUCAGACCCUACGACAGGAGAAAAAAGAAAAGAACAUUCGAACAUUCGAGUUCCGUUGAUAGAAAAACACAAAGAAACCGAAAAUGGAACUCUUGUUAAUACCAAUUCAAUCUUUUUCGAUCCUGAAACGCAUAAACCAGUCAACCCAUUCCAUAAUGUUUCGUCAGAUGUUUUAAGAAAUGCCCACAGUGCCUGGGAGCAUGCUGUAGCAAACGUUAAAACACACAUUGACCCGAUUCCGGAAAUAGCCGCCGUUGUAGGCGACAAGAAAAAUGCUGUUCGCGUUGGAUCGGUUUCUUCUGUUCGCGUUGGAGAAAUACCACCACCUCCGAGUCAACAACCUUCUGACCCAAACGCGGCUUUUCAUUUUCUUGAUCCUAUCACAAACGCUGUAGUACCUAUUGCUGCAGUACCGGAAAUGUCACCUAAAGACCACGCACACCCACCAAACCCUCACAUGCCUCUUCUUCCUAAUAUUGCCCAAAUGUUUGAUGGUUCCGUGACUAGUGGAGAAAAACCGCCACUUCCAUUUAUCAAUCCUAUGUCUGCACCUGGUGACAUAAAUAGUGAAGAUGGAUUUUUUGUUGGGCCCGUUUUGUUUGGUCCUGUUGAGAACCCACCCCCAAAUGGAGAGAUCGAAAUUAGUGGACCUGUCCUUGCUAUGGGAUUAUCUCCCGAUGAUGAAUCAAAACAUGGAAACCACAAACCUCCAAAAUUUGAUGUAAAUGAAAUUCUCGACGGAAUUUUUAAAGAUGAUAAUCACAAACUCAGUACCAAAGCAAAACCGUUGACGCAAUCGAUAAAUUCGCCUAAUCAUACUGCACCUAAACCCAAUCGUAGCAUUUUGUCGAAAACGAAAAUUGUCAAACCCGUUGCCGCUGGGCAAAUAAAUAUCAAUCCAUUCCAACAGGUUGCACGUGUCGCCAAACGAAAGAAUAGCAUUCCAAGUGCGCGUUUUCCAACAGAAUCUGGUUUCAGGAAAAGCAUAUCAAAUCAGCAAGGAUUUCAUGCUCCCGGCGACCAGUCCUCAAUGAUACAGCCUAGGAAAGAUAUUUCAAAAUCAUUAUGGAACGCUUUGGCAAAAAUUCUUAAAGCAAAUAAGAGGAAAGAAUUACUUUCAAAACAAAACGCUCAUACUAGAUUCCAAAAAUCUUUUCCACCAGUGAUCAAAAAAGAAAAAAUGCUACAACGCCCUGCCCAAAUACAGUCAAAUAAACCUAGCAAAAUCGAUAUGCAGAAAAUCAUUAACAUACUGAAAGCAAGACAGAAAUUAUUUGGACUCAAGAAGAAAUCAACAGCUCCUAAAAUUAGGAAACAAAAGAAAACAAGGACCACCAUUACGAAAUCGCCUUUGGGAGGAAGAAGUCAAAUAUCCGAGAGAUCGGAAAUUGGUUCAGUAAAAUUAAGGAAGCACGGAUCAACAAUACCGCAACGACAUUCUUCAUCAGUUUCUACGAACAAGGAAAGGCCUGCACAAUUUCGAAAUAAUAAGUACCAGUUGUUAUUACAGCUGCUGAAAGCCAAACAAUUAAAGCACAACCGUAUGGGUAGCAAUAUUGCUAACGUACCAACAAAUCUAAGGUCAUCGCAAAUCAAUAGCGUGGCUCGACCGGCACAGCGAGCGAUAGGACAUUCCCCAGUUAAUGUAGGUAUACACAACUUUAUUCCAAAGUUACAAUCUACUCACAGAUCAAGUGCAGUAAGACCUAUUCCAAUAUCAACGAUGCACCAGUGGCCGUUCUCUGCUCCUAUAACGAACAGGCAUCCGUCCAUGAAUACGCAACAUUUUCUGCCAAGAUAUAGAGUGUGGCCUCAGAAACAAAUACGUGAGUAG